AUGAAGUUCACGAAAAUUGAGGUAACUGGAGACUCUUCCUAUAUCAGUAAUGUGACAUAUUGGAUUGAUAAUGGCACUGCAAAUGCUGAUAUGUAUGUGAAGCGCACUCUAAACUAUGGUUUACGUGUUUUUGUGGAUCUUCAAAUGAAACUUGCUGAUUCAAAGAAAUAUCAAUCCUUGUUUUCAUAUGAUGUCGACGUCUGUAAAUUGUUGAAUGAAUUUUUUCGUGAAAGUUUAUUAAGAAGUUGGUACCGCAAUUUGUUGAAGUAUAGCAAUUUUAUGGAGAAUUGCCCAAUUAUGGAAGGAUUUUAUUACAUACGUAAGCUCGCAUUGGAGCCAAACAGUAUACCACCUUAUUUACGUUCAGGAGACUAUCGUUUAUGCUGUACUGCUUACUAUGGAAAACGAAACUCUAAGAAGCAAAGAUCUGUAUCAAAUCUUACAGCCUAUAUGCAAAUUUUAAGUUAA